AUGAAGCUCAGCACCUCGGCUUGCUUUAUCGGCGGCGCCUUCGCCAGCUUUGUUUCAGCAGACGCUGUGCCAUGGGAGAGACUCAGCCAGAAUGACUCGGUCCUCCUGAUCCUCGACCUUCAAGUCGGCCUCUAUCAACUCGCUCGCGACUUCGACGCAACCCUGUAUCAUAACAACAUGAUCGCUCAUGCGGCGCUGGGGCAGCUGUUUGAUAUCCCGGUCGUCAUGACCACUUCGGCUCAACAAGGCCCGAAUGGCCCUCUCCCACAAUUGAUCACCGACAUGUAUCCCGACGCUCCGCUGAUCCAGCGUCAGGGCGAAGUGAACGCCUGGGACAAUGCCGAGUUCCGUGAAGCUAUCCGUGCUACAGGAAAAAGGCAGGUCAUCGUGGCUGGUAUCGUGACGGACGUCUGCACGGCGUUCCUCGCGCUCUCCCUUCGCGCUGAGGGCUACAGCGUGUGGGCGAAUGUCGAGGCUUCCGGUACGACCACGGGGCUGAUCCGAGAUACCGCGAAUGCUCGUAUGCAGGCGGCUGGAGUGCAGCUGGUUAGCCUGUUCAGCAUCGUCUGCGACUUGAUGCGCGAUUGGCGCAGUCCGCCAGGUGCUGCAGCCGUGAUCCCAUGGCUGGAUAAAUAUUUCCCGGUGUAUGGGGAGCUGGCGAGGGGUCACGGAGCUGCCGUGCUGAACGGGACCAUCAUCCCUGGUGAGGACGUGUUGGUUGAAGGGUUGGACUGA